CAUUUAGAGGCGGUCCCGAUUAAAACAGAAACGCCCCCCCUCCCGUUAUUGAGACAGGCACGCGCGCGCGUCCCCGCGGCCCAAUGAAAGCGCGAGACCAGAGCAACCGGAGACGCGAGGCGACGCUGACGGAGGAGAGCGCACAGAUGGAGGCCAAGCCGCCUGUAUUAUAGCAGGAUGCAGUAAGACACCGUACCAGUCACAAAGGGGCAGAAACUCGCAUCUGGCCACGGCCCCUGAUCUUCCCCACAACUCCAGAAGAUGUACAGCGGUGCAGCGCGAGGCGUCAGCCAUAUUGAGGGCAGCCCAGCUCGUUCUCCUCGCCUGCCCCGAUCGCCCCGUCUGGGACACCGCAGGGUCACUGGCGCCAGUUCGGGCGCCAAGACUCUGUCAAUGGAGAACAUCCAGUCUUUAAACGCUGCCUAUGCUACAUCAGGCCCCAUGUAUCUGAGUGAGCACGAGGCUGUGGGCUCCACCGCCACCUACCCGAGAGGCACCAUGACGCUGGGACGCGGCGCCAGCCGGGCUGUCUACGGAGGACGCGUCACUGCCAUGGGCAGCAGUCCUAACAUCGCGUCCAUGGGCCUGGGACCACACGCAGAUCUCCUAUCUUAUGGUGAACUGGGUUCGCUAGGUUCACUGGCCCUGCAGCAUCACCAGCAGGGGGCGCUUCAGGCACAGCUCCGGGACAUGCAGCGUGAGAACGAGAUCCUGCGUCGAGAGCUGGAGCUCAAGGAAAGCAAGCUGGGCUCCUCAGCAAACAGCAUCAAGAGCUUCUGGAGCCCAGAGUUGAAGAAGGAGCGUGGGAUGAGGAAGGAGGAAGCGGCACGCACCUCUGUGCUGAAGGAGCAGAUGAGGGUGACGCACGAGGAGAAUCAGCACCAGCUGGACGCUCGAAGGAUGAAGCAUCUGCAGAUGACCAUUCAGGCUCUUCAGGAUGAGCUGAGGACCCAGCGUGACCUGAACCACCUCCUGCAACAGGAAAGCAACUCCAGACCUGCCGGAUCAGAGCACUUCACCACCAUCGAGCUGACCGAGGAGAACUUCCGCCGCCUGCAGGCCGAACAUGACCGCCAGGCCAAGGAGCUCUUCCUGCUGAGGAAGACCCUGGAGGAGAUGGAGCUGAGGAUCGAGACACAGAAACAGACGCUGGGCGCCAGGGACGAGUCCAUCAAGAAACUCCUGGAGAUGCUGCAGAGCAAAGGGCUCCCUCCGGUGGCCGGGAGAACCUCAGACGAGGAGGAGCAGGACAGGGCAAGAAGAAUCGCAGAGGCCGAGGCUCAACUCGGGCACCUCGAGGUCAUACUGGACCAGAAGGAGAAAGAGAACCUUCACCUGAGAGAGGAGCUUCACCGAAGAAACCAGCUGCACCAGGACCCGAGCAAGACCAAAGCCCUGCAAACUAUCAUAGAGAUGAAGGACACGAAGAUCGCCUCUCUGGAGCGGAACAUCCGAGACCUGGAGGACGAGAUUCAGAUGCUGAAGGCCAACGGCCUGCUGAGCACAGAGGACCGUGAGGAGGAGAUUAAACAGAUGGAGGUUUACAAGAACCACUCCAAAUUCAUGAAGACCAAGAUUGAUCAGUUGAAGCAGGAGCUGUCGAAGAAGGAGUCGGAGCUGCUGGCUCUGCAGACCAAGCUGGAGACUCUGAACAAUCAGAACUCAGACUGCAAGCAGCACAUCGAGGUUCUCAAAGAGUCUCUGACAGCCAAAGAGCAACGAGCAGCUAUUCUGCAGACUGAGGUGGAUGCUCUGCGGCUACGUCUCGAGGAGAAGGAGUCCUUCCUGAAUAAGAAGAGCAAGCAGCUGCAGGACCUGACCGAGGAGAAAGGCACACUCGCUGGAGAGAUCCGUGACAUGAAGGACAUGCUGGAGGUCAAAGAGCGCAAAAUCAACGUGCUGCAGAAGAAGAUUGAGAACCUGCAGGAGCAACUGCGGGAUAAAGAUAAACAGCUGGGGAACCUGAAGGACAGGGUGAAGUCCCUGCAGACCGACUCGACCAACACGGACACGGCCCUGGCCACGCUGGAGGAGGCUCUGUCUGAGAAGGAGCGAAUCAUCGAGCGUCUGAAGGAACAGAGAGAGCGAGAGGACCGGGAGCGAGAGAGCGAGCUCGACUCAUACAAGAAAGAGAACAAGGAUCUGAAGGAGAAGGUCAGCAGUCUGCAGGUGGAGCUGACAGAGAAAGAGUCGAGUUUAAUAGACCUAAAGGAACACGCCUCCUCUCUGGCCUCGUCCGGCCUGAAGAAAGACUCCAAGCUGAAAUCUUUGGAGAUCGCCAUCGAGCAGAAGAAGGAGGAGUGCAGCAAGCUGGAGACACAGCUGCAGAAGCAAGCCGAGCAGCUGUUCAAUCAGAUGAACAACCCUAAGGCCCACGAGGUGGAGGUCCAGCAGGGUUCUCGGGGAAACCCGGACUACAUGGACCGAGUAAAGCACCUGGAGAAGGAGGUGACCUUCUACAAGGAGGAGUCGGGGAAAGCACAGACGGAGGUGGAGAGGCUGCUGGAUAUCCUCCGUGAUGUGGAAAGCGAGAAGAACGACAAGGACAAGAAGAUUGCCGAGCUGGAGAGGCAGAGCAAAGACCAGAACAAAAAGGGGCCUGGCAUAAAGCUUGGGCAACAAGCAGAGAAAAAAGGCAGCAGCAUUCUGCCAGACCCUCGUAAGGACAACCCCAUGGACAAUACCAAGAUGGAGGAGUUGAUGACGGUGCUGGAAAAGACGAGGCAGGAGUUGGAAGCCACUAAGCAGCGCUUGUCCUCAACCCAGCAGUCUUUGACUGAGAAGGACGGACACUUGACCAACCUCCGUCAGGAGAGACGCAAACAGCUGGAGGAAAUUCUAGAGAUGAAGCAGCAAGCCCUCCUGGCCGCCAUCAGUGAGAAGGAUGCCAACAUCGCCCUGCUGGAGCUUUCUUCUUCUAAUAAGAAGAAAACCCAGGAGGAGGUCAUGUCGUUAAAGCGUGAGAAAGAUAGGCUAAUGCAACAACUCAAGCAGCAGACCCAAAGCAGAAUGAAAUUAAUGUCAGACAACUAUGAAGAUGACCACUUCCAUCCUCAUGGUCCCCCGCACCACCACCAAUCGGGAACACCCCACCCCCAUCCCCACCCACAGGGCCCACCUCCUGCCCAGGGCCAGCCUCUGUACCCACAUGCCCCCCUUCCUCAACAGCAACCCCCCUACCCACACACUCUCCAUCCUCAACAUCCUCAACCCCUACCUCCACACCCUCAUCCUCAACAGACACCACAUCCGUCGUACCCCCAACACCCCCAGCCACCUGGCCCCCACCAACACCCGCCAAGGCCCCAGCAGCCCCACCCACAGCACCCGCACUCUGGUCCUCCUCCUCAGCAACACCCGCAACAUUCUCAACAUGGGCCACCGCUGCAGCAAGGCCCCCAUUCUCAGCACCCACAACACCCUCAACACACUCAACACCCACAACACCCACAACACCCUCAACACCCUCAACACCCUCAACACCCCCACCACUCUCCUCAUGCUGCCCCUCAUGGACCACACCCUCGGCAUCCACCCCCGCACCACCGUGCCCCCGCCCGUGGGCCGCCCCACCAAGGACACAGACCCACUCCAGAUCCGGAUGACGAGGAGGGCAUUUGGGCAUAACCAUUUCAAACCAAAGCUGUGCAGAUCUUAUAUAGGGUGAAAGUUGGAGGUGCAUAACCAUGUCAUACAGAUGAAACUAUCCAUUAUCCACUUGGCCGGACUCUGUCUCCCAUCAGACAGGUACUUCAGCAGAGAGCCUUCACACUGAGGAAGAGGAGCAGGAGGGGUGUGAAUGUGUGAGGCCAGUGGGAAAACUCACACCUGAGCAGAUGGGGGAAGAAAUUAGGAUGGAGAGAUUUGCAGGUCUGGAUGCUGGAGAUGCAGAUGCACCUGGUGCCUGAUGGAAUACUGAUCAAAACACCACUCUGGACACCUUUAUUGAACAAAAGCCGUAGGAUGUAAUCAUAUGCAGCUGACCUGCCUUCAUCCGUUUCACCUUCUUAUCUCCAGCCACUUCGAUGUGACUCUGUCUGCUCGUUCACGCUCGUCCAUGCCCCGUCUCUGACUCAGCAGCUGAGCCUGGACUAUGGGUCCCGCCAAUCAAAAAAAAAACAACAAAAUCACUCAUUUCACACCUCUUUGUUAACUGCCAGAAGGUUCUGUGGUCAUGACUUUAAAAACAAUGUUUGACAUUGUUUAAAAAUCCAUCGUCUAUAAAUUUGUUACUGUUUUGUUACAAAAUUAUAAUUUGAUAUAUAAGUUCAGUACAUACUGUAGUGAAUUUCAGCACUUAGUGUUGAGUAAAUUGGGGGGUGCAGAUUGAGGGAAGUUUCUGGUGUCUUCUUAGUGACAGUGUGGAGUUAGCGGGACAUCAGGGCAAGUUUAGAGUCAGUGCAGCUCGGUCACUGGAAGCUGUCUAUGUGGCUGUAUUGAUGACUCUACAAAUCUGUUUCUUGCUGGUCAGAAAAAGGAUAUGAAACAUUUGAAAUGUGCCCCUUUACAUUGAAGUGUGCCCUUUAAAAAUGACCCUUGAGGACUGUAUCCAUAUUAUGGUAACGAGCUAGCUAGGUGGAUGAUGUUUAGCUUUGUGACACUGACUAACUCUCAAGCUAGUUGGCUAUUUGGUGAUUUCUCUUCAGUUACUCGAAUGCUAUACAGUUCUGUUUGAAAUGUGAAUUUAACGUGCCAUUAGCUAGCUAAAUAAUUAGGUUUUGUUUACUGUGUGGUACUCCAGUGUCAGCCCAUUGUUCCAUAACAGUUGCUAGCUUACUUAUUAGCAAGCUAACUCAAGUACGUAUGUAAGCAGAUUGGUCAUCAUAUUUAUGCAAAUGGAUGUCAGAGGGUUCCUCUAUAAUCAAUGUGUCAGCUGUACUGGUUGUUCUUUCUGCUCAUGUUCCUCAUUGGUCUCUUGGUUUAUGUGUGAUGCUACGCAUCUAUGCACCUCCACUGCUGUCCCCUCUCGGCUGCUGGAUUCACCCAAACCAUCAUGACAUAAAUCACCAAAAUGGGCUUAAAACAAAAGAAGUAGAAUCUUCUGCCCGACUCCAGGGUUUUAUUCCUAAUGGUGCUUUUAUUGGUGCUUUACACCCAAACCAGGAUGGAAACAGCCAUCGUUACACUGACUGGUCAUCUGUUAUAAUGCGUUGCUUUGCUGUUAAUUGACACUCGAUUGGUCAAGGUUCAGGUCUGUGACACUUAACGCUGGGUGUUUGGUAAAGAUUUCAGUAUAUUCACCAUUCAUAUCAGAACAAAAUGAUCUGCCUGUUGUUAUAGGAAGUCAAAUUUGUUGUGUCCAGGAAGAAAAUGAGGCUCAGGAUCUGAUCAGGUCAAAUGGGAAAACUUUAAGGACUGCGUAUCCCAUUCUCUUCCAAUACCAUCAUUAAUUUCCUUGACAAUGACGCCUAAAGCCUAAUGACACAUCAUGUCAUACACAGUGGCUCAUACCUGGACAAAACAGAUCCAUACACCGGUGUAUAUGGAGUGAUGGUCGUAAUGUAAACAAAUGUAAAAAUGAAAAAAUAUCUUAUUUCCGGAAAGAAAAUUUUGCGAAGUGCUGUUGUGUGUCUAUGGCGAGUCUUUAGAUUGUGAGACCCAUCACAAGAUCUUCUCAUGAGAAUCUACGUAGAAAAUAAAAACGUGUUCAACGAUGUUUGCACAAAUGACAGAAUUUGCUUGACCUAACCCCUAGGCACAGAAAACAAAAAACAAUUUAGAGACCCUUAAAGGAAGCAUCCAAACACUGCUGUGGUUUACUGCCCCUCUUUACAGGGGUAAGGGGCAGGUUCAUCGAGUUACCGUCAUAAGCUGUAGCUUCCCUAAUCAGCUCAAGAACACACGGCUGAACAUGUCAGAAGAUGGAUAAACAUUCGGACUUGUCUAUGCAAGAAAAUCGGACCAUUCUCAGCACGUAUUACCAGUGUUGUGGUGAUGUCUUCCCAGUUCGCAAAGAACUUGGCUUUUAUUUUGUUUAAAUCGUAAGCACCAUGAUGAUGUCGGCUUGUUCGCGUGCCGUCCUGGUUUCGGCAGCUCAGCUGACUGCGACUUGCUCUCGGUGGCUGUUAAGCAACUCGGCUGUGUUUUCCUGAAGUUCUUCAAUGAAAGCCAGAGAAUCUGUUCCUGUACUGGCUUGAUUGUUCAUUGUGGAGUAAUAAGACCAAGAACUGACUGUUAUUACUGUUCUUUUUUGUACAGUUACUGUGAUAUCUUCUUCCUCACGGCUGCCGUCUAGACUGCGAGUCUCGAGUCUCUAACAUUCAGAGUGUCUCUGUGGUCACCGAACAUCAAGCUGCUGUUGUAGAAAAUAUCUUGCUCCCUUCUAAUCAGCUUUUAGACACCGCUGUUAUUGUUCACUCCGUGCUGAAUCUAGAACAUCUAGACCUUUAGCCGCCGCUGUUGCUCACGAGCGCUCGUUUGUAGCCGUGCCCUUGAAGUGUGUUUUUUUUUAGUCGCGGUCGUGACCUCGGCUGCUGGGGAUCCGAGUGUUUACUUGUUCCCUUCAUUAGCCUGCUGUAUCUGUGGAACAUCUCAUUCUCACCCUACCACAUUCCUCUUUUUGCUGAACGCGACCCACUUGCUGUUGCCAUUGUGUUUGCUUGUUGCCCCUGUUCUAGAGUCUCACGUUGCUCUUCUACAAAGUGUCUUAUUUUCCCCCAGAUUUACAGUUCUACAUUUUCCGUUUAUUAGACAUUAGCUAUGGAUGAUUUAUUAGAGCAUUUCCUCGUUACCGUACGUCCAGUAAUUAUUGUUCACUGUGAAACAUAAACCACUGCAGCUCCACAAGGUGAGGCAGUAGUUACUGAAUGAAAUACUGUCACAGGUUUAGAGUUGCUCACUGUAAAGUUAGUACCAAUGUUUAAAUAGCUGUUUUGCUGCCAUGCUUUGGAAUGCCUUGUUGUCACGUCCGGAGCAUCAGUCCACACUUCCCUCACUUGUGGAGCAGCCAGCUGGAGCCGGAGUGUGAUAAAGUCGUGUGAACACAAAGUGAAGGAUAGAUAGAGGAACGACAGAGAAACGUUGUUUAACUGGAAAAGAACACAAGCGCAAAAGAGACGUGUCAGCAGACGCUUGACUCGACCAGUGGCUCAAAAAUAGCGACCGUUUCAAGAUGAACGUGGACUUGCUCCUUUUCUUGCAUUUGUGGCCUUUGUCCUAAGAUUUAUGUAAAAGAUUGUUAACAAGUGAAGCUGUCGGCUUGAGAAACUCUGCUCUCGAGCGUCUUCUGGCGUGUCCUGAAGCACGGGGUCAGCCUCCAUCACAGCCGUUUAUCACUAGCGUGUUUCUGAAGCCACACGCUCCUCAUCUUCACCAGUACUGAGCUCAUUCUGUCGUCUGAGCAUCUUAAACCUCACAUCACAAUGAUCUUCUGUGCAGUUGUGUGUUUGUUGUUAGUAAGUUUAACCUUCGGACAGAAACCGAUAAAAAAAAGGUCAAAGGGUUUUUUUUUGUCCACAAUCCAACAUUUUCAGGUCUUUUAACCAUCUUGGAUACUUGAAGCAGGAGUAAAAUCUCCUACCGUGAAACACAGACAUGUUGUAUGUUGGAAAUGUAAUGUAUAUUAUAAAUAUAUAUUUAAAAAAAAAAAAAGAAAACACGCACACAGAGCCGACGGUGCACAUUGAGUUCGGUGUCAUUGAGGUGGGUGAAGUGAUCGAAACGAAAAAGACUGAGGGAGUCACACUGAGAAAAAAAAGAAUAAUAUAUAUAUAUAUAUAUAUAUGUGUGUGUGUGUGUGUGUGUGUGUGUGUGUGUGUGAGCGAGCAGCGGUUGUAUAGUUCACGAUGUCAAAAAAGGCGAAACCUCUGGAUGUUUAAAAGAAAAAUCACUGUGACCAAUGUUAGAAAAAAGAGAAUAGUUUAUUUAUUUAUUUAUUUAUUUAUUUAUUCAUUUUAAUGAAAUAAUUUAUUACAAAUUGUGUUUUAC